AAGGUAUUCAAACAGGGCGAAAUAAAACUGAUGGAGCCAUUUAUGAAAGUGAACUUUUUAACCAAAUCAAAAAAAUAAAUCCCUCUUUAACCGACCAUGCCAUUACGCAAGGAAUUGAAGAAUUAAUGAAUAGUCCCAAUAACCAAACGGCUUUUAAUCAUUUACGGAAUGGCUUAAAAAUCACUAUCCAAGGAGAAAAUAAACAAGUUAAAUUUAUUGAUUUUGAUAAUCCUCAACAAAAUAAAUUCUCCUAUUUUCCUUAUUUACGCAUUCGCACCAAACAGAAUAAUUAUUUAGAACCAGACUUAAUUUUGUUUAUUAACUACUUGCCAGUAGUAAUUUUGGAGUUCAAAGACCCAUUUCGAGCGGGGAGAAAUUGA